AUGUUCUCCGUCGUCUUACCGGGUCGGCCAUGUCUUACAAAUCCUGCCACUAUUCAGUCUGAUCCUAAUUCUCCUGCGACGAACUUCGCUUUCACAUUCCCUGCAUGGCCCAAGUUCUCACAUAUAGUCGUUUUUCUUCUCCCUGGCAUUACACUUCCUCCAGACGCUGCAGCGGCGGUAUAUAUACAUUUUUCAACCAAUCAAGAUAACAACCUCCAGGGAUUCCGCUUUCUUGGAGCACUCGCAAAUGACAAGCCUUCCGCAAUCUUCAGAGUCAACGAUCCUGUUCGGCCACGCACGGAAGCGGAGGAGGAAGAUGAAAUGGUCGACGAAGGGGUCCCGCCUUCCCCUAAUGUCCAGAUGACUGUCACGCUAGGGAUAUCAAUUGAGCCUACGUCUGAUGUUGCUGCCAAGGUGAAAGCUUUGUCAGAGACUACGGAGCUCAUCAAGAAGACUGAUGCACAGCAACGACCAAAUAUAUCAACAAAACUACUAGCACAAAGGAUCAUUGGAAAUGCGUUUAACUUUCUAUCGAGUUUUGCGACGUUGAACGGCCGGGAAGAGAUGGUACCGCUGAAAAGUUUCCGAGACUGGUGGGCAAAAUUCGAAAGAAGGAUAGAUACCGACCCAGGAUUUUUGGAAAGAGAAGGAACUGAGUAG